AUGGCUUGCUGCACAGGAGACGAUGACGAGGAGCAAAGACCAGACCCGACACGCGUGCGAGAAUGCACAGAUAUUUUCUGGCUUUGUUGUUUCAUAGCAUUUUGGUUUCUUAUGAUUUUAAUAGCAGCUUUUGCUCUUGUUUAUGGAAAUCCUAUACGGCUCAUAAAUGGGUAUGAUAGUUUUGGAAACACCUGUGGCAUGAAAAAUAAUCCGAAAUUCGGCAGUAUGGAAUUGUCUGGACAAGAUACUAGCGAUAAACCAUAUCUAUUCUUCUUGGACAUAAGCAAUGUCACGCAGUCAUUGAAAAUUUGUGUGAAGAAAUGUCCAGACAGGACUAUGACAACGAUGAACGAUAUAUGUCAGUUCUAUGAGCAAACAGGAUCUCAACUUUGUCAUGAUAAACCUGGAAACGAUUUUAGUGCUUGUAGCAAUGGGAAUAGAAAAAAUAAAACUGGAUCUUGUCCCGAAUUACCGGUGUACAAUAGUAUUCCAGUUCUCAAUCGUUGUAUUCCUAAAACCAUUAAAGAUGUAGGAGAAACUAUAAUUGCUAAUUUAUAUGGCCUAAUCAAUUCAUGGGAUGUUAUUGAACAGAUUUUAGGAGAUCUGUAUAAAACAUGGAGAGAAAUCUUGUCCUUAUCAUUUUUAGCUUUUGUUUUAUCUCUCUUCAUGAUUGCUAUAUUCCAUUUAUUAGCAAGUAUUGUAACAUGGAUCGUAAUGAUUCUUGUCAGCAUAGCAACUAUAGCUGGAAGCGUGCUGCUGUGGUGGACGUACAUAGAAAUUAAAAGAACUUUAGAUAAGACUGAUCCGAAUCAACUUUUAGAAGAAUCUGUUAGAAACGAAAGAGCAUUUCUAGCUUUUUCUAUUAUUGCAACGAUAAUAACUGUAAUUUUAUUACUACUUUUAAGUAUUUUACGCAAACGUAUUGGAUUUAUGACGGCAUUAUUUAAAGAAAGUGCUAAGUGCUUAGCAGAGUUGCCAGGUUUAUUCUUUCAACCGUUGCUAACGUUUACAGCUCUCAUAUUAUUCUUCUCAUUUUGGGUGACUGUAAUUCUUUGUCUCGCGACAGCCAAUUAUCCUGGUACUAAGUCUGUGCAGAUGUAUAAAAAUCACAUUUUCGAUCCUCUAAAUUUGAGUUCAAUUGGAGAAAAGAAGAGUGCAAUUAUUGAAGAAAGGAAAAUUGAUUUCUCCCUUGAUUCUUUCAAAACUUUCACGCUUGUGGAAUAUGUGGAUCCGACUUGGGUGAAGUAUAUGUGGUGGGUAUACAUCAUAGGAUUAAUAUGGACCUCUGAAUUUAUUAUUUCUUGUCAAGAUAUGGUGAUAUCGGGAGCUGUAGCCCAUUGGUAUUUCAGAGGCAAAAAUGCUAGUGCGUCUCCUGUAUGCUCCGCUAUGGGAAAUUUAGUAUGUUAUCAUUUAGGCUCUGUUGCUUGUGGCUCGUUCUUAAUAACGCUUUUUAAAUUACCUCGUUUGAUCUUGACGUACCUUCACGCUAAAUUUGAAAAAACCAAGGAAACAUCUCCGUGUGCCCAAUGUGGGUUAAAGUGUUGCAUAUGUUGUUUCUAUUGCUUAGAAAAGUUCAUUCGGUAUAUGAAUCACAAUGCAUAUACCGUUGUUGCUAUUGAGGGUACACACUUUUGUAAUGCAGCUAGAAUCGCAUUUACAGCUCUUGUUAGUAAUGCUUUACAAAUAGCGGUGAUCAAUGGUGUAGGAGAUUUCAUAUUAUUUUUGGGCAAAUGUUUUGUCACGGCUGCUACUGGAAGCAUUGGGUUACUGUUCAUGAAACAGGAUCCUAGAUUACAUUUUUACGCAGCGCCAAUUUUUGUUAUCUGCGUCUUCUCAUUUUUCAUUGCUCAUUGCAUCAUUUCUCUUUACGAGACUGUGAUAGAUACUUUAUUCCUUUGCAUCUGUGAAGACAAGAAUUUGAAUGGCGAGAAUGGUAAAUGGCGUCAGUCGGCAUUAGCGCAAAUUGGAUCUAACACUAAUGCGAAUGGACAACAAUCUCAUGAAUUAGUACCAAUGAAUACUUAAGUAUAACGCUGAAGCACUCAUUUUUCUUCCAACGUUUAUACACGCUUAAAUGCAUUUUAUUACAGUAGCAUUUAACGUCAGUAGAUCUGUAAGCUUUAACUUUGAUAUUAUUUUUAUGCAAUUUAGAUUUCUAUCAAUUUAUAAUCGUUACAUGCAUUAUAUAUAUAUAUAUAUGUGUGUGUGUCUGUGUAUACAAGAUCGUGAAUGCCUUAUACGAAAACUCAUGUAAAAAUCUAUAUUUUUAAUAAUCAACUAAUUUUUUUAUACGUCUAAGAUCUAACUGCCAUAAAUUUAAACAAGCUAUUUUUGAUUCGCUAAAUGAAAUAU